GGUUUCAAAUGUAAAUUCAAAUACAAUAAUUUCCGGCGCGCUAACAAGAGUUGUACUAGUCCAGUAAACUAUCGAUAACUUUAUCCAGCAGCUUAAAGUGGCAGCACUGCAAAUAACAGCUGUUCUGAAUGUCGAUAGUCACACAUCACACUGUCAUUCACGCGUUGAUUAAAUAAAAUUAGCUAAUAACAAAAGAAAAGAAAAACACGGGAAGUUGUUAAUUAAAAAGGUGACCCAGUUACGAAUACACUUGCCCGGGCUCCGCAUUGCAUCGUCAUGUCGUGGAAAAAGCAAUUGCAGAUUCUCGCAAAGCCCUAUUAUUGGGUAAACAUACUGCUGGCCGUUUCGUAUUUAUUGGCAAAGAAGACGCGAAUAAUUUGCACGCGCCUUUUCCAACAAGGGGGAGAGGAGGAUGUCUGUGAUAUGGACAGUCGUGAAAUUGAGAUACUGUUCUUCUUGCUAAUUGUUGUCAUGAUACGGUCGCGCAAGUCAGGCAGCGUGACUAUGAUUAACUAUUUGACGUCUUCGUUUCUCUAUACAAAGGUAGCUAACAUGAUACUUUGGUCAUAUGCAGAUUUUCGUUAUGGCCUGGGAUUCCUGUUGUUGUGCGUGCUGGUCGGCAUGCUGCUCCCGGAGCCGUCGUACCGUGGUCCUGAACAUAUUACCUACUUCCGCAAUUCACAAGUCUUUGAUGAGGAGCUGGCUCGUGACAAGCGCACAACUUGGCUGAUUUGCUUCUAUACAGUUUGGAAUCCCAGCUGCGUUAACUUUGCACCCAUAUUCGCCGAGCUAUCGGCGGAGUAUAAUACGGAUCUGUUGAAGUUUGGCAAAAUCGAUAUUGGUCGCUUCCCAGAUGUGGCGCAAAAGUAUCGCAUUUCUGACAGCAGCUUCUCACGCCAGCUGCCCACGGUUAUACUGUUCCAGCAGGGCAAGGAAGUGGAUCGCCGGCCUUGCAGUGAUGCCAAGAAUAAGCUGCAAAAGUUCUUCUUCUCCAGCGACAAUGUGCGCGCCACCUUUGGACUGAACCAGCUUUACAAACAGGCUGUGGAGCGACAGCCGGCAGCCAAGCAAGCUGCCGUGGAGUCUAAAAAGUCACAGUAAACGAAUCUCAUCUCUCAUGACGCUUGUACGUGCUAGUAGCUGUAGUUUGUAGCUAUAAUUUAUUUGUUGCACAAAAUGUUCACCUUGAGACACGUUCUACAUAAAACUAUGUAACUAAAUUUAAAACACAAUUUGUAACUAAUGCGUACAUUUGUAAACGAUGCCAUUGCCUAAUUUAUUUCUCUUAAUUUGCAAAGACAAAUGCUUAGUUUUUAAUUAAUAAA